UGUUUUCGUCUGGAGCAGUCUGGGGUCUAGCCAGAGUAGUCCAGCUCCAUCCAAGCUCAAUUGGAAGCCCGACAUCCAGAUUAACGUGUUCAAGAAAGUCCUUCUAGACCUCCCUCCCACCCUCGCUUACAAAUACCGGAAUUACUCUUACUUACCGGAACUCCAUCUCAAAGUGAGCAGCUAUCCAUCCUUCAGAUCAGUAACAUCACUCCCCAACCUGUGACCUCGCUCCGAACCAUAGACGAUAUUCGUCAGCGUCCGACCCAUUUUACCCUGAAAGAUGAAAAGUUAAUUCCUGUGCAUAGCGGCGUGUUACAAUUCCAUUCCCCAUUCAUACGACACAACAAAGUUAAAACAACAAGCCCGAGGAAGAAAAAAUGUGGGUUUCCUGUUUGCUAACAAUGGAACAACAAAACCAACAAAGCGGCCUCACAACAGCGCCACCGUGUACGAGGUACUUCCAUUUUCCGAAUCAAUUUGCUAAUGAUUGUACUGUAAAUAAUUAAUACAGUUGUCGUCCCCGGGGACCGUUGAUUAAUGGGUUCGAAGAACAUCACACCCCUCCCCCCGGUCGAUGCGUGUGGUCUUGGAGUGCAACCGACCGAAAACCCAACGGUUAAGACACAUUCUCCUACGAUAGCAAUUUGUGUCCCUCAGUGCCCCGGAGCGAGUGUGCAAAAAUCAUGUCCGUUAAUCCGGUUCGCGGGUUGCUCGAUUCGCUGUCCGUGCUGUUUUACAUCUCCUCCAUCUUUGGCGUCAUUCCGUACUCGCUGUGGGCGUUUGCCAAGCGCACCGCAAUACAGCUCUCCCUAGUCGGCAACGUGUGGGUAGUUGGCAGCCUGGUCGUCUACACGGGCCUGUACCAUGUGGCAACGAUCAACUACACGAAGGACGAUUGGGGAUCGCAAAGUACGCUCACGAAUGCGAUCGGCAUCUUCAUCAUCUACAUGGAACCGUUUAUGAUGGCGGUGGACAUGGUGGCGGGUAUGAUCAAUCAGAAACGACUGGCCCAGUGCUUCGAUCGGCUGGCCCGCCUCGACAACCAUCUAGCCGGGGAGGGCGUGCUGAUCAACAACGGGCGAAUGCGCCGGUACAGCAUCGUGCUGUUGCUGCUGAUGCUGCUGUUCGAGGCGAUCAUCACCGUGUACAGCUUUGUGGCGUUUGAGGAAGAGUUUAACGCCUGGUCGCUGAUCUGGUUCAUCACGACCAUACCGACCGCACUGAACUCGGUGUGCCGCAUCUGGUACGUGAUGCUGGUGUCCGCCAUCCGGCAGCGCUUCAACGCAAUGAACGCGCACAUGAACGCGAUCGCCCACGGCAUACUGCACUACAAGGACCAGUGCGCGGGCGAACCGGAUGCGGACAUUGCCGAGAUACCGCUCGACUAUCUGGAGAAGGAGAUAUUCACCGUGUACACGCAGCGCCGCAAGCAGCUGACGGUGGCGACUCCUCCCAAGAAGACGAACGCCAAUGCCACCACCAAGGUGAUCACCGUGAAACCGUACCAACCGAAGCAACCGGCCAGUCCACCACUGAAACCAUCGGUUACGCCACCACCGCCACACCGCAACAGUGCCAUCCAGCCGUGGCCCGCCGGAGCAGACGCAGUCGGGUACGGUCCGGCUCAGGAGUUCCUGCCGACCGAUCGGCGGCUACGGCCCCACAUCGAGCAACGGCUGGACAACAAGCUGAUACUGUUCUGCCGGACGCACGACGAGCUGUGCGAGAUCGGCAAGGUCGUCAACCGGAUGUACAGCGUGCAGAUGCUGGUGGCGAUGGCGCACGGCUUUGUCGCCAUUACGGCCGAGUUUUACUUUCUCUACUGUAGCCUCACGCAGCAGGACGUGCCGAUACUGUUCCGGACGGCGGAAGUGUUUCUGCUCGGGCUGGCGUACAUCGUCUACACGGCGCUCAAGUGUAUCGUGCCGAUCUUUGUGUGCUGGAGGACGAAAACCGACUCGCAGCGAACCGGCAUCGAGCUGCACUAUCUGGCGAACGCGGUCGACGAGGUCCACUGUUACGAGGUGGUUAACCAUCUGUCGCUGAAGCUGCUAAACCAUCAGCUUAACUUUAGUGCCUGUGGCUUUUUCGACCUGGACAUGACGACACUGUACGCGAUAACCGGCGCAAUCACCAGCUACCUGAUCAUACUGAUCCAGUUCAAUCUCGCAGCGAUACAGAAAUCGAACAGCAACUCCACGAUCGCCUCGAAUGUCAGCACCACGGCCAUGGCGGUUGUGGAGGGCGUCGUUACCACCGCACUAACGACGUACGUUUCGAAUUGAAGCCAGCAGGGCUCCUCGAGCGCAGGCUCUCCUCAGUGUCGAUUAUACUACAAACUGGCUUAUCCUAUUUUCGGACUGUCCCGAGCAGGACAGGACAGAGAGCGAGU